AUGGCCUCAGCCGUCUCGACCUCGCAGGUCCUGUCCGUCGGCAAGCUCGCUGCGGCUGACGUGAGCAGCGCGAACCAGGCGUUCCAGGGAGUGAAGUUCUGCCCCGCGCAGAAGAUGACCAGCAAGAAGGACGCCGGCCGCCUUGAGUGCAAGGCCGUCGCGACCGAGAAGACCUUCGUGACCACCAAGUCCGAGGAGAUCUUCAAGGCCGCCAAGGAGCUGUUGCCCGGAGGUGUGAACUCGCCCGUGCGCGCGUUCAAGUCCGUUGGCGGACAGCCGAUUGUGUUCGACCGCGUGAAGGGCUCGCACGCGUGGGACGUGGACGGCAACGAGUACGUGGACUAUGUCGGCUCGUGGGGCCCUGCCAUCAUCGGCCACGCCGACGACGAGGUGAACGCUGCCCUCGUGGAGGCUCUUCAGAAGGGCACGAGCUUCGGCGCGCCGUGCGUGCUGGAGAACGAGCUGGCGGAGAUGGUGAUCGCCGCCGUGCCCAGCAUCGAGAUGGUGCGCUUCGUCAACUCGGGCACUGAGGCCUGCAUGGGCAUGCUCCGCCUCGCGCGUGCCUACACCGGCCGCGACAAGAUCAUCAAGUUUGACGGCUGCUACCACGGCCACGCCGACAGCUUCCUCGUCCAGGCCGGCAGCGGUGUCGCCACCCUGGGCCUGCCCGACUCUCCCGGUGUUCCCAAGUCAGCCACCGCCCCCACGCUCGUGGCGCCCUACAACGACCUGGACGCCGUGAAGAAGCUGUUCGCGGACAACAAGAACGAGAUCGCGGCCGUUGUGCUCGAGCCCGUCGUCGGCAACUCCGGCUUCAUCGUCCCCAAGAAGGAGUUCCUGGAGGGGCUGCGCCAGAUCACCAAGGACGAGGGCGCGCUGCUGGUGUUUGACGAGGUCAUGACUGGCUUCCGUAUCGCGUACGGUGGCGCGCAGCAGCACUGGGGCAUCACCCCUGACAUCACCACCCUCGGCAAGAUCAUUGGUGGCGGUCUCCCCGUGGGAGCAUACGGUGGGCGCCGGGACAUCAUGGAGAUGGUGGCGCCUGCAGGCCCCAUGUACCAGGCGGGCACGCUCAGUGGCAACCCCCUGGCCAUGACGGCAGGCAUCAAGACCCUGGAGCGCCUGCAGAAGCCCGGCACGUAUGAGUACCUGGACAAGGUCACUGGCCGCCUCAUCAACGGGCUGCUCGAUGCUGCCAGGGAGGCGGGUCACGAGGUGUGUGGCGGGCACAUCAACGGCAUGUUCGGCUUUUUCUUCACCAAGGGUCCCGUGUUCAGCUUUGCGGACGCCAAGCAGUCGGACACAGCCAAGUUCGGCCGCUUCCACCGCGCCAUGCUCAAGCGCGGGGUCUACCUCGCUCCCUCGCAGUACGAGGCGGGUUUCACGGGUCUGUGCCACACAGAGGAGGACAUUGACUUCACCAUUGCUGCUGCCAAGGAGGCCUUCAGGGAAAUCUAG